AUGGUUGUUUACAAACUGCACUAUCUGGACUCUAGGGGAAGAGCCGAGCCAAUUCGAAUGCUUUUGUUUUAUUGUGGAAUAAAGUUUGAAGACAUUCGAUAUGAGCCAGAGAAGUGGGAGAGCAUCAAAAAUUGUAAGAUUUUUCGAAUUACUAAUGCUUUUUAUUAGUAUGUUUUAAGUUAAGGUAACCGAUGUUAUUUACUAUAUUAUGAUGAUUAUAAAGAGAGUUUUAUUUUUUAUGCUUUAAUUGGCUAUAUUUUCAGCUUUCGUUUUUCAAAAAGUGCCAGUACUGGAAAUAGAUGGAAAGAAAUUGAGUCAAAGUGUAGCUAUCAUGAGGUACUUGGCUAAACAGCAUCGUAAGUGCUGUGUUUUAAAAUUUGCUGUGUUCUAAAUAUAUACUUAUUAUAGCUAAGUUGGUAUAGGUCGCCUAUACAAGGUUUAAGACAGUAAAUUCUUUACUAUGUAACGAACUUUUUGCGUUUAUUGACUACAUUUACCAACUUUAAUUUUUCUCAAUUUCAAGGCCUAGCUGGAAACAAUAUAUUUGACCAAGCGCGUGUUGAUGAAGCAGCUGAUGUUAUUCUCGACUUUCAUGAUGCCAUUAUACCGUAUUUAAGUGUGGCAGUUAAGGUUGUUCCUGGCGAUGUGGUAGGUGUAUUCUUGUUGCUUUAUAAGGAUGGACUUUUUAUAUAGAAAGAGAAUGUAAAUAUAAGAUCUACAGCAAUGUAAUAAAUCGCGUUUUUAAGAAAUGUUUUAAAAAAUAACAAUCAAAAAAUUAUGUUUUGAAUUUCCCUCCAAAUUGGCAUUGUGUUUCAAGCUUAUAAUUUUGCAGUUUCUUGACUUUUAAUUAUUUUUCUUUGAUAUACUAGUAGAAAACCUUAAAAUGAAUUUUCAUUAUUAAAUUUGUAAGCGUAGCUUGUCUGGAAAGUCGAAAUAAAGUGCUUGAAACACAAUGCCAAAUUUACCAAACUGGCGGGAAACGCAAAUAUUUAAAUUUAAACUCACAAGUCCAAGCUAAAAUUUUUUAUAGGUAUUAUUAGUGGUUCAAAAAAUUUAUACAGUGAUCUUUCUAUUUAGUGAAUCAUCUGUAUAAGAAACUCUCCUUAUAGUAAACAAGAAAUUUGUCCACGUCAAUUUGCACUAAAAGCCUCUCUAUAAAGACAACACCACUUAUAGUAAACACAAAAUGUCUGUCUCUUCGGGUUGCUUAUAUAGAGAGAGGUACUGUAUAAAAAUUUUGAACUGAUUCGGAAUCGGGCAGGUUCGGUACUUUCCUUGUAAAUGAGCUUGGCUUGCGAGAUAUUAGAGGUCAAAGAAUGGUCAUAAAGAACUCCUUUACUUAGUUUUUUUCACCAAAACUUAAAUUUUGAAAGGGUAUUAAUAUUACUUCCAGCAUGAAUCAGAAAAAGAGAUUCUACAACCAGCCCUGGACAAGUAUUUCCCAAUUUUGCGCAAAUUUUUGUCCGAAAACAAUGGCACAUACUUGGCCACGAAAUACUUGACUUUUGUAGAUUUUCAAGCUGCUGAUGUGCUUUUUACUGUUCGCAACUUUUGUCCACACGGCUUUGAUCACUAUGCCGAUCUGAGCAGCUAUAUCAACAGAAUUUUCAACUUGACUAGGUUGAGAAGAUACUUGGAAGCCAGACCUAAGACUGAAGUGUAA